AUGAGUUCUGGUUUAUUACUUUGCAUAAGUGGUUGUUCGUUAGUUACUUAUCUUUUAGAUCGUAGGUCUUUAGUUCACUUACAACUCAUCCCUAAUUUGACAUCACAACACGAGUUUUGGCGUCUAAUAACGUCACAAUCUAUAUUUACAUCAUCGGGUGAAUUUUUUUUGGGAACUAUAGUCUUAUAUCGAUUACGAGUAAUUGAACGACAAUUUGGAUCAUCUAAAUAUGCGUCAUUCUUUUUUGUAACAUCAACAUUAUCAACAAUAUUUGAAAUUGGAGCAUUAACCAUUGGAAAUAAAUAUGGAUUAACAUAUCUUCCUGCGGGACCUUAUGGAUUUAUAUUUUCAGCAAUUUAUCAAUUUUAUGAAAUAAUUCCUCCCAUUUAUUAUUAUAAAUUUUUGGGAAUUAAUUUUAGUGAUAAGUUUUCGUUGUAUUUCUGCCUUUUACCGUUUUUAGCUUAUAAAUUUCCAUAUUCAAUAGUUGCAGGAAUUUGCGGUAUAUUAGCGGGUGUAAUAUAUCGACUCGAUUUAUGUAAUAUAAAAAAAUGGCGACUUCCUCAAUUCAUUAAUCGAUUUACAUCAAGGUUUUUAUCAACCAACACCAACACCAGUAAUCAAUCAUCAUCUAUUCCUGCUGUUAUGCAACGAUCAACAACAUCACAAUCAUCAUCUGCACAAUCUUUAAAUCAAGAAUAUUAUGAUAAUCUGCAAGCAAUGUUUCCACUCUCACCUCAAGAAAGUAUUACGCGCGCUCUCAUUUCAUCCGAUAAUGACAUUAACAGAGCCCGCAAACAUAAAGCAAAAAUUACAUUUUCAGGAGAUCAAAUUCCAUCAAACGAAAGUGCCAUAGUAAUUAGUAAUCACAGAUCUUAUUCGGAUUUUUAUAUGUUACAUUCAGUUGCUAUGCGUAGAAAGAUGUUACCACAUGUUAAAUAUUUUGCUAAAGAUUCCUUAAAAUAUAUUCCUUUCUUUGGAUUUGGAAUGUGGUUAAUGGGAAUGAUAUUUAUCAAGAGAAACUGGACCGAGGAUGAAAAUCAUCUUAAAAAAAUAUUUAAAGCUAUUAAAUCUUAUGCAGCACCAAUAUGGAUAGUAAACUUUGUGGAGGGAACUAGAUUUAGAUUUCCCGUAUUUCAAAAUCUUUUAUUUCCUCGUACCAAAGGUUUUGUGGCAUGUGUUCAUUUUACAAUAGUUUAUCGUCACAUCACAAGAGGUCUUUUCCCACCUAACCUUUUUCAUGUUCACGGUUUUCCAUUAUUAUCACCACCUUGGUCAUUUCAUGUACAUGUUAAACGUUACGCUAUUGAAGAUUUACCUAGAGAUGAAGAAAAAUUAACUGAAUGGGUUCGACAAAAAUUUAUAGAAAAAGAUGCUUUAUUAGAAGACAUGAAACUUCAUUGGACAAAGAGUGAAAAAUUGCAAAACGUUCAUGAAGAGAAAUAUUUUUGA